AUGGCUGCUGCACUAAGCACAUACUACAACAACUGGGACACUCUUCAGACACCCAAUUUUGAAAUCAGCAGCAGUUUCCUUGAAGAACCAACACCUGAAGAACUAGCACUAGUAGCACCACACUACUUCCCACACCACUUUGCCUAUUCAGAUGAAACUUUCUUCAACCUUCCAAACAAUUCAUAUUUAACUGAUUACCCAACCAACAAUUUUCUCUAUCCAGAGAUUAACAAUCCUUCUCAACUCCUUCCUUUCACUUCAUUUCAUGACCAACAACCCUUCAUUUCACUCAAUGAGAUUUUCCCUACUGAACAUCAAGACCUUCCAUGCCCAAAACGCCAGAAAUUCGAACAAGAGGCUAUGCAUAUGCCAUGCAAUUAUGUUGUGCCUAACUAUUGCUUCCAAACAGAGGAUCAAUUCUCUGCUCUGCUGCAACAUGAGGUAAUUCUUCCACCUGAACAUAGUGGUACUAAUUUCGUUGUGGGAAGUAACUUUGAGAAGAAGGUAAAGGAGGAGAGAACAGUUUCGGCGCAGAGCGUCGCGGCGAGAGAAAGGAGAAGGAAAAUCACUGAGAAGACUCAAGAGCUUGGCAAGUUGGUUCCUGGUGGGCCUAAGAUGAACACUGCUGAGAUGCUGCAUGCUGCUUCCAAAUAUGUCAAGUUCCUUCAAGCACAAGUUCAAAUGCUUCAACUCAUCAACACACUAGAGGAAGAUGAUAAGGGAGCACCUCCAAGUGAAGAUCAACUACACACACUAGUUGUUUCUCCCUAUGUUCAAGAGAAGCUUUACUCGGAGGAAAGGUGUUUAGUUCCAAAUGAGUUUGUGACUACUUUGACAAAUCAUGGUGAUAUUCGAUCAACACCUUCCAUCCUUAAAGAUCUUAACCAGCUGAUUGGGACAGAGAUUGACAAGAAAGUAAAGCAAGAUUAA